GCACGUUCUCGCACUCCCUCGUCAUCGCCCAUUGUCCCGCUCUUGGAGGGGCCUACGAAAACUAUACAGCUGUCUCAGUUCAAGAUAACUUGCUGAUUUAGACGUCUACAACAACAAUACCACAAGCCGGACAUGCGCUGAGCCGCGGCAACCGGUUCCCAAUCCCAUCGGGAGACUGUUGUCAUCACGUUACUUUAAUCGACCAAACCGUGCGGACUGCCCCCCCAAAGAUGCAGCAAUCUCUGCGCCGGGACUCCAUGAUGCGACGCCUCCUUCUCCUUCGCCUCGUGCCGUCCCGGAAGCUGCAACGCACCUUUACGCAUAGUACCGCCCUUCGCACCCAUCUCCGCGGCCGGCCCCAGCUGCCCUUUCUGUCCGUCACGAGUUCCCGCAGUGGGCGUGUCCGCUACCUCACCACCGAGCGCAAGGCGCAACUCAAGUACGAGAUCAAGACGGGCAUCAAGUACACGGGGUACAUAUGGAUUGCCGGCUUCUCUCUGCUCGCCGCCUGGUUCGCCAUCGUCCAGGAGCGCCUCGAGCGCAGGUAUCCCACGCCCCACGAGUGGACCUUCCGGACGCGCAUGGACUUCCGUGGCGGCAACUGCGCGAGGUUCGAGCCUUCGCCGGGAAAAAUCACAGACUGGCAGCAGGUUGCCUGGUGGUUUGAGACCACGGUCAAGCGGCUUGAGGAUCCCAACAUUGACGGGCAGGGCGUAAAGGAUGCUCCGCACGAGUACCCCCCCGGGACCAAGGAUGUGACGGCAAAGUCGGAGGAGUGGAGGAGAGGAUACUACGAGGCCAUGAUGGGAUAUGCCAAGGCAGCUGAGCACAUGGACGGUUGGGUGCUCGAUAAGUCCAGGAAUAUUGUCUUUCCUCCGGGAACCAUGAUCGGGCCGUCAAAUCCCUUCCCCAAGCCACUCCCGCCGGGCUUCAAGGGCGCGCCGCGCGAGGAGGACUGCGAGCUGCGGUUCGAGUCCCCUGAUGCCAUCUACCUGCGCAUCCUGUCCACCCCCGGGUUCACAAAUCGUCAAAAGAUCGAGGCCGGCCUGGCUUACGGUUCCUGGCUGGAGUACAAAGGCAUCAACGGCCCGGCCAGCGUCAUCCUCGAGGAUGCCGUGAACCUCGCGGCCUCCGAGCGGCCAGGCCUGCCCGCCGAGCCCCUCGACAAGAAGACCUGGACCCUCAGCGAAGCCGCCGGUCUCCCUUCCGAGAACCUCCUCAACGCUCUCACAGCCUACGCCACCUUCCGCGCCCGCCAGGGUGCCCUCGACUCCGCCCUGCCCAUCCUCGUCUCCAUCCUCAAAGCCCGCCGCAGCCUCCCGCCGCCCACGGCCCACUCCUCGUCCUCCUCGAACUCCAUAACCGCUGCCCUGAACAGCAACAAUAACAACAACAACAACAACAACGGCAACGGCAACGGCAACAAGCCCGCCGGGGCCCGAUCAGCAGGCAUCUGGUCCACCCUCACGGCAUUCCUCGCGCCGCCCCCUUACCCCCCACCCCCGCCAGACGGCACCGCCCCGCCCACCCGCGACGCCCUCGACCUCUGCCAGGAAGCCGCCCUGAGCCUGCACAUCGGCGAGAUCUUGUACGCCUCCUCCCCCGGCAGCCGCGAGGAGGGCCUCGGCUGGACGCGCGAGGCCGUCGACGUCGCCGAGGAGCAGCUGCACCAGCUGCCGCAAAAGGCCACGCGGGACAGCCCCGCGCGCGCCGCCUGCCGCGAGUGCCUCGCCACCGGCCUGGGCAACUGGGCCGCCAUGGUGCGGAAGCUCGCCAGGGAGGAGGAGGAGGAGAAGGAGAAGAGGCAGAAGAAGGGUACCGGGGCCGGCGGCGGCUGGUUCGGCGGGUUGUGGGGCCAAGGUGUCGCCAGGGUGGAGGAGGUGGAUCGCUGGGCGGCCGAGGAGAAAGUCAUCGAGGAGAGGCAGAGGAGGGUCAGGGAGCUGUUGGAGGAUCUCAAGCCGCCGCCGCGGGGGAUUCUCUCCUUCUUCCAGGCCUGAUAUCAGAUGAUGUUGGCCGGGUGCGUCACUGCCUCCUAUCUCAAGUAUAGCGGAGAAAGGAGAAGCAAGGAUGACCGAGAUGCUCUUGCAUUCAAUGUAUGGAUAUGUGUGUUUGGGUCGGUGGUGCAACUUGUAUUG